GGAGAGGGAGAGAGAGUGGGGAAAGAGUGUUUUACAGAGAGGGAAACCAAAGGACGCACCGACUUUACACUGCGUUGAAGAUCUAUCUGAGGCUCCCCUGUGAAAUGAUACAGUUGAGAAGAAAUUGCUUGUCAGCUUUUUGUUGGAGUCCAAUGCAAUUCCUCCUGGCUGCUGUGGAGAAGAAGAUCUUGGCUGCGUAGCCUCCCCUUGUGAUUGGCUGUUACACUUUAGGCUCCCCCUCCUCUCUCUCUCUUACUCCCCCUUUAUCUCUCUCUUUUUCUCUCUCCUCACUGCAACCAAACCCCCCUCGUACUCUCCUCACAAUUACCUGAGACACAACUGCAGAAACGCCUGACCCCCCUCCUGCACACAAACAUAUAUUAACACACUCACACUCUCUCACUCACACACUCUCAGCUUUUUACCUGGAGAGGGGCAGGCAUAGGGACGGCAUGUGUAGCAGCAGCAGCAGCAGCAGCAGCAGUCUCUCCUCACAUCUAGUGCUGCCUCUCUGAGUUGCCUCUUUCUGGAGAGUGGAGAGGAACUCUGAAAAGACAUUCUGGUGCCAUUGUCCCUUGGUGAAAGCAGGAGAGACGGGGAAAUUAAGGAGCACUUGUCAGCCCAGGGACAGCAAAGGCAAAAGACAGCAUGAUUUUAGGAGGAAUAAACCGGGCUGGGGCAGCAGUGCCGACAUUCUUGCGGACCCCCACCGUGAUUCAGCCCCACCUGGACAUGAAGCCGUUCCUGCAGUUUCCCAUGGAGACCCCUCCACCCCCACACAGCAUGAGCCUCUUCCAUAACUUCAACACAAUGGAUCCGGUGCAGAAGGCCGUGAUCAACCACACCUUUGGAGUCCCGCUGGUCAAGACCAAGCGACCGGUCAUCUCCUGUAACGUGUGCCAGAUCCGCUUCAACUCAGAGAGCCAGGCAGAAGCCCAUUACAAAGGAAACCGCCAUGCCAGGAGGGUCAAAGGCAUCGAGACGUCAAAGAGUCGUCCUCAAGAGGGGGACAAGCCUCCUACUGUGCCCCCCACCUCAUCCCCAUCUCCACCCGGAGCCCCUGGCACUACCCCUGACAGUGAGCCAAGCAAACCGGAUGAAGCACGGCCUCUGUCACAGUUAAACGGGCCCCUGCUGGCCCCGGGACCUCUUCCACCUCCUCUUACCAACCCGCCCACACCACCUAUGGACUCCCCCGUGCUCCCAGUGUGCCCCAUCCUGCCCACAACCACUCCACCCCUGGUCCCCCCUUCCUCCUCCUCUUCCCCCGGCUGCGGCAGUGGCAGCGCCAACUCAGAGCAGCCCGGAUCUGGGCCCCCGGUCUCAGGAGCUGCUGGCACCUCGGCCUCCAGCGGCACAGCUAACCCAGAGACAGAGGAGGACAAGGCCAAGAAGCUACUGUAUUGCUCACUGUGCAAAGUGGCUGUCAAUUCUUUGUCACAGUUGGAGGCUCACAACAAAGGUACCAAACACAAAACCAUCCUGGAAGCACGGAGCGGGCUGGGCCCUAUUAAGGCGUAUCCCCGUCUGGGUCCUAAACCCAGUGGAGAACAGGGAGGGGGCCCAGUGGACCCCAACACUCAGGAACGAACCUUCCACUGUGAGAUCUGCAAUGUGCGGGUCAACUCUGAACUGCAACUUAAACAGCACAUAUCAAGUCGAAGGCACCGGGACGGCAUGGCCGGCAAGCCUAACCCACUCCUCAGUCGACACAAGAAGCACAGGGGAGCUGAUCUGACGUCUUCUUUGACCUUCUCCAAGGAUCUCACCAAAGCUUUGGGUGCCGGGCUCUUGCCCAACCCCUUGGCUGUUGCUGCAGCAAUGGCCGCUGCGGCUUCCUCAAACCCACUAGCUCUCCGUGCAGCAGCUCCUGCGCCCCACCCGCACCAUCACCUAUUGCAAGGCCCGCCUCUCAGCCACGCCAUCCUGAGACCAGCCCCCGGGCCCAUCCGCACCACGCACGGGCCAAUCCUCUUCUCCCCUUACUGACACAUCAUCCUCUGACUUAAACCAGUCAGGAACAGCCACUCCAAAAGCACACUGUGAAGAUACAAAUAUGAUCAACAAAUAGCAAAUGAUAGGGGAAAAAAUCCAACCAUUUAAAUAAUAACUGAGAGAAAAGCGAGGAAAAGGAGCAGCGAAGAGGAGUAGAAGAAUAUGUCUCUCUUUUUUUCCCUUUACCUGAAACUCUCCCUCCAUUUCAAAGACUUCUGAGUGAUUCACAGAUGGAAUGAGCAGAGGAGAGGUAUUCAUUAUGCAUCGGACUCCUUUAAUACAUCUCUCACCUCUCCUGGUCCCUCUCCCUGUGCUGUGGCCCUGUCACAGUCGCCUCAGUAGCUACAGAAGAAACACAUGCAGACCUUUUUAGAAAAACAUUAAACCACAUUUAGUGUUGCAUAAUUAUUCGGGGCCAGGUUGUUUUUUCUCCUGUUAUCAUGGCUCAACGUGUCCUUCUCAUCCUAUGCACCUCAAAAACCAAGACAAUAAUGCUAUGUCAGUAGGGUAGCUGCUUCCAUCAGUCUUUGCUGUAUUCGCCACAUGAAGCUGUGGCAGCCUCUGCGAUACUGCACACGUCCCAUUGUGACACUAGGUCCUCACUAGAUACAAACAUGACUUCAGCUGACAGGCAGGUGGUAGCCGCAUCUGAAUAUGUCUGACGGUUGGGGGGUUGAGAGAGCAGAAAAGUGACUGUGGGGGAUUGCACUCCCCUGUCAUUUCCUGAGAAGGUGAGGUGAGAGGAGGGCUGGCACGGGUCAGCGGAUGGAUUGACCCCAGGCAGCAUGCAGACACACACAGGCCUGAACAAAUCUGUGUUUUAAAAUAGACCGUACUAACAAAAAUUACUACAGGGCACAUCUGCCAACCUCUAUAACAGUCAGAGAAGGGCCUCACCAAAGGGAAGAGGAGAUAGGAGAAACAGCAGAAGUCACACAUUAGUACAUACUGCACUGAUGUGUUACGAGUUAUGCAAACAUGAAGUGUAAUGAAAUUAUAGUUACUAAUCAGAAAAUUGGUGAUUACAAAAGGAUUAUAUCUGAAUAUGUUCCUUCUAUACAUUCUGAGUAUAUUCUUGUUUGAUUCAUUUAGUGGGCAGAUGUAAGUGCAGGAUGGCCACAAGAUCAAUUCCAUUCAUUUUGAGGUUAUGCACAAAUCUUGUGGCUGGUGGAAUUUGCACAACCUCAGAGUAACCGGAGUCUGCCAUGUUUGGCUGCAACUAGGUGACCAUGCCAAUGCAAGGGGCCACGUCCUCAGACAGAAAAAUGUCUGAAUAUUUUCUCCCCAAAUUCCAUCCUAGGAUCUGACAUCACUGUAUAUAUAGCUCAUUGACCAGAGGUAGAAAAUACUGUUGACACCAAAAUAAAUAAGUUGCAUUCGAUGAAAUAAUUAAAGUAGUUAAUUCCAGAUUACAGGCUAACUAGUAAUCUACUCCCUAUUACAAAACCAACCUUCCCAGUACUGCUUAUAGCUUAUAGAUUGAUUUGAUGGCAAAACUCUGUGCUAUCACUUAAGGCUUACAGUUGUAGGAGGUAUUUACUGAAGAGAUCAUAGUUCGUUCAGUCAUAGUUUGUUCAUAACUAGCAAUUAAAAAGAAUGGUUUGAACCGCAUCAUAGCUCCCACAUUAUAGGUGGGAGGUUUGACCUCAGUGUGAACCUGUGUACUGAUGUAUUUACAUUUCAGCACGCAACCUUACAUUGGGAUCCUGCAGGGUCAGGCUUCUGCAUCACUGGGUUGACCUCUCCCAUUUUUACCCUGUCCUCCUCCUCCUCCUCCUCUGCUUCCUGCUCCUUACUUCCCCCAUCUUUCAUACCCAACAGUUCAUAUGAGUAUAUAGUAGAGGGCACACUGACAAUGGCAGCCAUAAUGCUGGAAGGGAAAAAAAUUAUAGAGUGGAAGAUGAAAGCCAAAUACAUUCUCGGAGAAAUGAUCUUGAGCUGGCGUGACAACCAAGCAAGAAGCCCAGCAAGGCUGCCAGGAGCAGGAGCGGAGACGUCUAGCCCAAGGCAUCUAUCAAUAUUUUCUCUCUUACAACUGAAAGCCAUGAAGCACACCAUGAUUAGCUUUCUUUUACAAUGACUGGUGAGCACUUUGUUUGGUUUGACCUCCUAUUUUGCAUUUAUAUCACAUAUUUAAAAAAAAAAAUCUGAAAACAAAAUGAAACUAUUUUUGUAGGUAGGAAAUGUUAAUAACUGCAUCCAUGAAGAGAAAACAAGAGGGGGGGAAUCAUAGUGUGAUGGAUUAUAUAAGUGUUAACCCAGACAGACAUGCAGGCAGACCAACUGACUCAGCGGGAAGCCACAAAGCUAAGCAGCAGUAGACCUAUCUUGCUUAACAGCUUGAAACUAUCACCCUUUUCUGAACAAGAUGUACACUGUGCCCUUUCAUUGAGAAGCAAUGAGCUCUAAUGUCUUACCUUUGUCUGAAUAUUGCAAUGCAAUGAGCAAUUUUUAUCAGAGUGACUUGUUAUCAUUGUGACAUGUUGUGACAUGUUGUCUGGAGUCGUGUGUAAACUGGGAGUACGCCAGCUGACAGACUUUUCUGUUCUUCCAUGAGGAGUAAAAGCCCUUGAAGGGAUUGAGAGGGGUAUAUAGACCUGCAGAGGUGCAGCUGGGCUUAAGGACCGGCCCUUCAUAUUAAAGGGCCUUUUUACUAUGGUAAUCUCUGCUUGGGGAACAGGGUACAACGCCAGGUAUCAAGGGAUUAAAGCUAGAUUUGCUCAACAGGCUUAUUUUUAGUUGGACUUACUGAAUUGCAUUUUUUUUCUUUUUUCUGUGUGUGAGAAAUGUGUUUAAGUCCUGAAGAACAUUUAAUAAUGCCAUUACUUAAAGAAGAGGCUGGCUUGGAGUCAGCUCCCACCGUUGUGCUCUUUUUAUUUCUCGCUGAACAAACCUUCUUUGCAGAGUUCAUUUUGUGAGUGAGAUGCUAUUCCAGGAUCCGUGCUCUCCUUCCUGUUGGUGUGUGUACCAUAUGUAUUCUAGUGUGUGUUGGGACCUGCUUUCUCUCCACUUCCCACCAAUCAGAGACAGAGACAACCUGGAGCUAUAAAGUGGCCUAACACAAUACCAGAGACAAAAGCCUGCACGUUUGGAUUGGGAAAAUUGAUUGAUCGUUCUGGAGACUUGAUCAAUAACCCAACAUACUCAAAGUACUGCAAUCUUGUCCCUGGUAGGUCAGUUAAGUAGCAACACCACAGAUAUGCUCAUAUUGUCCUUGAAAUAUGCUCAUACUGUGGUAAUUCCAACCAAUUCAUUGUCAUUAUUCACAUAUGGGAAAUAAAUGUUAGAUUCCUAUGUUCUGGGCAGGUAUUUCAUGUUAGCUGUGUUUAGGCUACUAGCCUUAGCCUUAUUCUGCCCUCUGAUGGAGAGGCUUUGGUGUAAUUUUGUCUUGCCAAUAAAGUUAUUUUUGAAUUUCAUUGUCAGAGGGACAAAGAGUUUGUAUGGCGAACUGUAGCAAUACCUGACUCAUUCUGGCUACUCUUGUUUAUUGCAAUAAGAAAAUGAAACAAUAAAUGUGUAUGUGAGUAAAACAUUAUAAAUGUAAUUUAAAUGAAAAAGAAACUUUAUGGUAAAUACUAUUGGUAUCAAGAGACACCAUGGUGGAAAAAAGUAAAUGUCAAUAAAUCAUUAAAUGAAACAAAAA